GUCGCGCGCUCCCUUUAUUUCUCACUUCAGCCUCGGUUGGUUUUGCCAGUGGAGCUAGAGAACGCUCCGAAGCACGUGAUUUACUCCGUUUUAACGACGCUCCAUAAAUAUGCACACUCCAGCAGACCUCAGACAUCGCCUGCAGCAGGAAAUCAUUCCCACACUAGGGUGCAAACACAAGAUAGAACGUGACAUUUUGAGUCUUAUUUCAGGGCAAAUCAUACUAGCUAAAAAGUGAAUGUUCAAUUUAAAUUUGACGUAUCUUGCAUUUAGUUGAUAGUGGUAUUAAGAGCAGUAGAAGACUAAUAUUCAACAGACUGUGUAUGUCUGUGGGAUUCUUUAUUUCUGGAUACUGUUGAUGACGACUAUACCACACGGGGAACUAUGUAAAGGUUUUUACUGAAGCAUCCAGGCCAUUUUUUCCCCUUUCCGCUUCAGUUAUGAGGUCUGUACUGGAUGGCGUGGCAGACACCACUUUCAGGACAAUUACCUCUGGGCUGCAAUACCUUGGCUCUAACGAUGCCAUCUAUGAUGACCCAACCACUGAUGUCGACCUCACCAAGGGUGGAUUUUCCCUGCAGAAACCGCUGUCGGCAUUCCGCAGCAACUCCUUCCCAGACAAAGUGGCACCAAAUGAGGAACUCAUCCUUAAAAGUUUGUCCUUUUACCCCACAAACUCCACCGACCUCUUUGGUAACAAGAGCUCGAUGGCGGGUGAGGGGAGCACUAUUGAAUGUGGAGAGAACUUCAUGGACAUGGAGUGCUUCAUGAUCUUGACACCUAGCCAACAGCUGGCAGUGGCUGUCAUGUCCCUUACCCUGGGAACCUUCACCGUGUUGGAGAACAUAGUUGUUUUAUGUGUAAUCCUGCAGUCUCGCACCCUGCGGUGCAGGCCCUCCUACCACUUCAUCGGCAGUCUGGCUGUGGCAGACCUACUAGGUAGUGUCAUCUUUGUCUACAGCUUUUUAGACUUUCAUGUUUUUCACCGUAAGGACAGCCCAAAUGUUUUUCUCUUCAAGCUAGGUGGGGUGAUUGCCUCAUUCACAGCCUCAGUUGGAAGCUUGUUUCUGACAGCCAUAGACCGGUACAUUUCCAUCCACCGGCCACUGGCCUACCGCCGCAUUGUGACCCGCAACAAGGCUGUGGUCGCCUUCUGCAUGAUGUGGGCAAUCUCCAUUAUCAUUGCAGUGCUUCCUCUGCUGGGCUGGAACUGCAAGCGUCUCAAAUCUGUCUGUUCAGACAUCUUCCCACUGAUUGACGAGAACUACCUUAUGUUUUGGAUUGGGGUGACCAGUGUGUUGGUGCUUUUUAUUUUUUAUGCCUACAUGUACAUCCUGUGGAGGGCACACCACCAUGCUAUACGCAUGCUGAGCCGGACCUCUCAGAAGAGCCUGGUAGUGUAUUCAGCUGACGGAACUAAAGUGCAGUCCACUCGCCCGGAGCAAACCCGCAUGGACAUUCGCUUGGCUAAGACACUGGUGCUCAUCCUAGUAGCGCUGGUCAUUUGCUGGGGCCCUGUGCUGGCCAUUAUGGUCUAUGACCUCUUCUGGAAAAUGGAUGAUGCCGUCAAAACAAUAUUUGCUUUCUGUAGCAUGCUCUGCCUGCUCAAUUCCACAGUCAACCCGAUCAUCUAUGCCCUCCGGAGCAAGGAUCUGCGGCGUGCUUUCCUCACUACCUGUCAAGUAUGCAGAGGCAGCUCUCACCACCUAGAUAACAGUCUGGAGUCCGACUACCAGAGUAGACAUGCCCAUAUUGCUGCCAAUCGAGCUGCAGAGAGCUGUGUGAAGACCACUGUGAAGAUAGCCAAAGUCACCAUGUCUGUCUCCACAGAGACGUCUGCAGAGGCUGUGUGAUUUUGUAACCGCCCGUGUUAUUCUACCGUAUUCUUAGCACCAUGCACUCAUCAAUCUUAAAAAGAGAGGAGCUUUUGGUCUUUAAAGUGAGGUCUAUUACAACAUGGAAUCAUGAAGACUAAAUCAAUCAGCAACAACAUUUCAGCAAUUCAUAACUUCUUGUUGUUUUUCAUUAAACCUUAGCCUACUAUAUGUGUGUUACUAUGUUAGCAAAUAUUGCCCUUGCAUUCAUGAAUUGUAUUUUUCUACAUUCAAAUCAGGUUCUUGAACAGUGAUUUCUUCUAUCAUGGGGAUAAGGGGCUACUGAAUAUUAUGUUAAAUAAUCUCAGUGAGAGAACUAUGUUGAUAUGUAAUUACGUAACAUUUUUCAUGUAAUCCUGAAUUCUAUAGUAUCUCAUACAUCAUGAAAUAUAGCCAAGCUUUUCUGACCAAAUGUCUGUCUUGCACUUAAACAGAAGUAUAACUUUACUUUAAAUAUCCAUUUGAAUUGGAUGUAAUUGGCCGUGUGGUAUUAUUGUGUAUUGAAUAACAGUGUUGAAUCAUGUAUAUUUGAGUAGAUUGUAAAAGCACUUCAUCAACAUACUUAUGUUUUCUGUUAUACUUUAAAUUCAUACACCGUCAGCAUGGACCAAAACCGGACUUAAUAAGCACAUUUAUUUUCAGACAAACCUCAUCUUGUAUAGUGCACAGCACAAAUGCGGUUGUAUAGCUCUAGAGUGACACCUAGAGUUUAAGGUAAGCAAACCCCAGCAUUUGUCUGUUAUGUGACUGCUAUGCUGACAAUUUCAGAUUGUUUUCAUAAUUUAAGAUGUGUGACAAGAUAUAUCGUAUACAACCUUCAAAUAUACUCUAAAACUAUGUUCUCUUUCAAAAGGCCAUUUAAGCACACACUAACUGUAUUGCUAAAGAAGAAGAUGGUUAUCUUCUGAAAGAUAAAAACAAUCAGUUAUACUAAGCUAUAUAUGUAAAUAUUCUAAAUGUAUGAAUGACUGAAUACUGACCUACAGUGACAACUGUAUACCAACAUUAUUGUGUACUUAAGAUAUUGCAGUGUGCAGUCAACAUUGCUUUUUCAGAAACAGAGGCGUCAAGGAUGUCACUGUUCAUUUGAACGGUCAGACCUCGUCAGUUGACAUAUAACGCAGCUGUACAAUACUGAUAAAUGUUCUAGAUACGAUUAAUACAAGUAUACUGUUGUGUUUAAUUCAUUAGAAAUAGUUUAGCACAUCAAUCUAUGCUCUGCUACAAAUAAAACCUGCAGUGCGCUGGUCACACUAAUGUACUACACUGACAAAACAGUACAAGAGAAAAUGAAAAACUCUGUUAACUAAACAGUGUUUGUGAUAACUUUGAUGUGUGUAGGAUUAAGUGUUCUUAGUGAUGUCUUGAUAUUUCCUGUUGUUCUCUUUACUCAAAACACUAAGAUCCCCCUGCAGCUGGGCUUCAGGGCUUCUUGCACAAUGUGAACAGGGUCAUUCUAUGUUGUAAACAUGACAGGUUUCUUUGUUCAAGAUGGCAUAAUGUUUUUUGUCUUUUUAAUAUUUAAAAUUGUGUAGUAAAUAGAAUUUGCCUACUCUAACUGAUCUGUAAACAUUUAAUGUGGUGUAAACAUCAGACGACUGCCUACUUACUGGCUGUACUAUUGUUCAAUAUUGGAGAUGAAUCAUAAAUUGUGGCUUUUGUACUAUAGUAUUUGAACAGUCUGUUAGAAGAAAAUGUCAAUCACUGAGCACUUGUGUUUUAUGCAUUUGUUCUGUAGUUUGUAUCCAAGCUUUGAAUAAAGUCACUGCAAAUGA